UUUGCGCUCAGUAGACCACCGACAGUUGAACUUCUCACAAGAAUAAGGUGUGAUCACGAUGGCUAACGUCGACGAUAAAGUAUUUUUACCCAUUACCAAAAGUUUGGAUGGCUUUACUAAUAAUUUUCACAAGAAUUUAGCCAAUGCGUUCGAGGAAAAUCUCGUCAGCUCACCGCUCAGUGCUCAUGUAGUACUGUCGAUGGUUACUUGUGGAGCCGAGGAUUCGACUCACGAGGAACUGCGUCAAGUCCUACAGUUACCUGAGGAUCAAAGUGUAUUACAGGAAGGUUAUAAGGCAUUUAUAGGAUAUAUCAAUAAUUUGCCAAAAGUUACGCUCAAAGUAGCGAAUAAAAUUUAUGUCAAUCAUUUGGGAAACAUUGAAAAAGAUUUUCAAAAACUCACGAAAGAUUGUUUCCAUUCUGAGAGCGAGCCGAUGAAUUUUGGUCUGAGCGAUGAAUCAGCAGGAAAAAUUAAUAAGUGGUGCCAAGAGCAGACUGACGGAAAGAUAAAAAAUCUUGUUGCUGCCGCUGAUUUUUCUGACAAUACUGGUAUUGUACUUUUGAGUGCGAUAUAUUUGAAAGCCCAAUGGAAAAAUCUUUUCAAAGUGAAAGACACAAAAGAUAGAAGAUUUCACUUGAAUAAAAAUAAGCAUAUUUACGUGCCAACGAUGACGACGGAGCAAGAAUUCUUCUAUAAACCUAUGCCAGAACUCAACGCCAAAGUCAUUGGGCUGCAGUAUACCAACGAAGACUUGAUGAUGGUUAUCAUCGUGCCCAACGACAUCGAUGGUCUUAAGGACGUGGAAGCUAAUUUAGAAAAAUUCGAUAUCGAUUACGCCGGUGAAUUCCGGCGAAACGAGUGCGAAGUAAAGCUCUUCCUGCCAAAAUUCAAGAUUGAAACGACCAUUGAUAUGCAGCCCCAUCUUGAUAAGAUGGGCGUUAAAUUAGCAUUCACUGAAGAUGCAAACUUUGAAAAAAUCAGCGACGUUCCCGGUUUGUUGAUCGAUAAAGUGGUCCAAAAGGCUUUUAUCGCUAUCGAUGAGUUUGGUACGGAGGCCGGUGCUGCUUCUUGCGUAGUGAUGAGUUGGAGAGAAGUGCCACCCACUCUCAAAGUGGAUAGACCAUUUGUUUAUCAAAUAGUCGAUAUAAAGCGUAGAUUUGUAUUAUUUUCUGGACACGUCGUAAAUCCAUUGAAAGUAUAAUAAUAAUAAUAUUUGUUUUUUUAUCAAUUACUGUAUCAUUGUAGAUUUUAAGUGAAACAAUAUACGCUUUAUUGAAGCACGUAGUUUUGAAAUCAAUAAAAAAAAUUACAUUUUCAUGAUAUA